AUCGCAAUUCAAGUGUGCCGAUGUAUACAUCAUCAACAACAUUGCGGUUUCUUGGUAAAACCGUGAACAUGGGUGGAAAAUAAGCAUUCAAUGGCUGAAGAAACGCCAUAAAAGACAAGAAACAUGAAUGUUCUGUAACAUAAAACAAAGGCACUUUCGAUUAUUGGAUUCCUUUGCUGUGAAUGAACGUAGAAAGGAGGAACAUUAGCUCUGAAGACAGUAUUGGAUGUUGUGGACAAUUCCUUUUCUUCAACUGGGGCAAAUAACUAGCCGGGAACCUGUGGAAACACAUUUCAGAAACUCUGAUUUUAUCCACUGAAAAAUGUCUCAGCCAAAAUCUGAUACUUGGGGUAACAAUUCAGAGCUACAGUCCCCUGCUCUAGUGAAGUUGCAAAUGGAAGUUGACGAGUGUGAGAUGUCACCCGUGGCAGGACUGACAGCUAAUAUGAGUGGCGCCUCUCUUGGCUCAACACCACGUCGAAAGUUAUCUGCUAUACACAAUAUCGAGAAUACACCUGCUGAUGAAACUACCUGUAAAUAUCCCGGUUGGUCUGCAGGCAUAUCUCCACCCAAAGACCGCAGGUUAAUGAAAAACGUAAUGAAACUACCAGACGCAGCGUUCGGCAAUUACUCGACCGGCAAUCUUCCUGUGUACAACAGCAAAUCGCGCGGGUUAUGCCGCAGGAUAAGUCUUCAGCCUUUAUCCCUUAACCACGAUGACAGAAACAAGCCUUCUGGCGCAGGAAACAAGGAGAACGGGUCACCAAAUAAAGAUCGCACGAGUCAACAUUCGCAGCUUUCGUUUGGAAGCCCGUCGAAGCCAUCAGUCAGCCCGUCAAAGUUUGCAGUGGUUAGACAGGCUAGCAGUGGUAGUCUGAGACCUCGCCAGCCACUAGAAGACUAUGAUGCAAAUUCUCAGGAUAGUGGUUGCUGUACAGCACCUGUUGAAAAGGAUGUUGCUGAAGCCUUCAGAUUCACUGAACCACUUGGAACUGCUCCUCGCCGUUUGCUUGUGGAACAGUCACCGCGGAAAGAUUUAUUCAUUUCUCCAAUGAAAUCUGCAAGAGGUGCUCUUUUCCAUAGUUUCUCAUCUAGUUCUGGAAGUGAAUCAAUUGAUGAUGGUUUUAUGGAGCUCCUUGAAUGCGAAAAGCUGGAUGAAGAUGCUCAGCUUCCUUCAGGAAUGAACACACUACUUUCAGGAGCACUGAAGGAAGUUAACAGAAGAAGUCCAUUAAAGGAGAAAGGGAACAGUCCACAAACUUCACCAUUCAAAAUCACAUUGAGGCCACCAGAGCAAAAAUACUUUGGCAGAAGCUUGUCUUACUGUGGUCAGCAAAAGGUCCGUAAUUCCUUAUUUUCAUCACCGGGAAGUAACUCCUCAAGUCCUUGUGUCUCUCCAACUGUUGAAGCUAUUAGAGCAUUUAAACGACCCGAGCCCCCUUGUGGAAUUAUUAGUCCACUUGAAAUAAAAAGACACAAGUCAAACACAUGCAUGUCUAUUGCAGAGAAUGAAGCUGUUGUUACACAUACAGCAGUGAAAGGCACACUUUUUAGUUAUGGAUUUGAGAGACACUCAGUCAAAAUACAGCGGAGUUUUUCAGAAACUGAAGCUACUAUAAAGCGUGCCUUACAGAAAGCAUCGCAGGAGCCUGAUCUCAUUGGUGACUUCACAAAGCCAUUCAUAUUACCGUUAAUGGAUGGCCGCCAUCAGGAUUUGAAGUCAAUUUCACCAGAAACAUUAGCUUCACUUAUCAGGGGGCAAUACAAAGAUUCUGUAGCAUCGUACACAAUUGUGGAUUGUCGGUAUCCAUACGAGUAUGAUGGAGGACACAUACAGGGUGCUAGAAACUUGUAUACGAAAGACCAGAUAUGGAAGGAAUUUGUUGACAUUCAAAGACCUUCCAACCGCAGCUCCAAUGGAGAUGAUCAAAAUGUAUCUUCCGAUGAAAAACGAAAUAUACUGAUCUUCCACUGUGAAUUUUCAUCAGAAAGGGGACCUAAUAUGACAAGAUUUCUGCGCAACUGUGAUAGAACAAGGAAUAAAGACAUUUAUCCAGCACUGAAUUAUCCAGAGAUCUAUUUGCUGGAUGGCGGUUAUAAAAACUUCUUCGAAAACCAUAGUGACUUAUGUGAACCUCGUGCUUAUCAACCAAUGCGUGAUCCAAAAUUUGAGUCUGAUUUAAGAUUAUUCCGGUCCAAAUCGAAAUCUUGGAGUGGUGACAACAAGAAUCGGCAAACACUUCGUAGCAAUUUAAAAAGGCUUGGUCUUUGAGAAACCUUGUUGAUUAGGAUUUAAAAUGCAACAAAGUGUGGUGAUGCAAAAUGCAUUAACUUCAUGGCUUAAAAUGUUUAUUGGCGGAGUGAUAAGUGUAUCUUCGAAACUUUCAUGAGAGUGGUCAUACGUUUUUUAUUUGACCAGUGAUAAACAAAUAACGAAUUGUGAACAUUGGCAGAGCACAGUGCGAGGUGUAAGAUUUGUGCAAACCUUUAUGGUUUUCUUAUUCCUUUUUUUAGCUAAUAAGUGAUUUAUUGAAUCAAAAAUGAGGAACUCCAUUUUUUAACACAAAGAUGAAAAAUUUUGAAUUUGAUAUUGGACGAUGACCACUCAUUUACCACUGCCAAGACUUUAAAUUGUUUAAAUUAGUUGAUACUUGAACGAUACAGAUUACUGCCAUGUUUUCCAAUUUUUUGUUAUUUUAUUAACUUUUGUGAAGUACAAAAUUAUGUUAACAGUAAGUCACUUGGCACAUUCAAAUGAAAAUUGUCAUGGUUAACGAUUCACAGUGACAAAUACAGAAAUGGGUGCCAGUAGCUUAGUGCAUGAAUACCUGCAAUGUGUUCAAAUAUUAGUAUGUUAUAGAGCAUGUGUAUUCUAUGUCACAGAGAGCUGUAAAGAAUUCUUUCAGUGACGUUUUAAGUGCAAUUUUUUUCUCCAAUAUGGCUGAGAGAAAUCGAGCAAAAUUUCUGGAUGUGGCAUUAUUAAAGCAUCUUUCAAAAAUGUUAAAGUUUUAAAUCUUGCAGUACUGUAAUUAGUGUACUUUCUGGCAUGUUGGUUGCAGUUUUGAGAUACAGUCUUUAUAUUUGGGUUUCUUAUUUAACUAGACAAAAUCAGUUUUGGACAUGAGGUCUACAUUCUCAUGUACCUCUCCAUGUUUAGUGUUUCACCAUAAAAAAUAAAUUGUAUGUGGUUUCAGCUCUUUGAGUAAUCGUAUUAAAGUUCAGGAGGUGAUAGCUCUGCAGGAUUAUAAACAGCCAUAUUUUUUACUUCUAUUCCUAUGAAUACACACAGUUCAAAUUUUAAAUGUUAUGAAACGCUUAAUUUUUUAUUGUUGUUACUUUUAUAAGAUAUGGUUUUAUUUUUUAUUUGUAUGGGUAUAGAUAUAUGGAUACAAUGUAAAGAACCUAUGUAAAUUACAAUAAAAAUUAGUAUAUAUAUUAUAUGAAUAUAUAUAUAUGCAAAUAUAUAAAUAAUUCUGUGCAAUUCUUUGCUGUUUUUUAUUUAAAUAUCAAUUUACUCAAAACUGCUCAUAUAAUUAAACAGUAAAACAUUUAAAAACUCAAGCUACAAAAAUUUUAAUAAUGAAAAUUGGAUUGAGACAAUUUUAUAGAAUAAAUUGUAUUUGUGAAAUGCAACUUGCACAGAAUAA